AUGGCUAAGUCUAAGAAUGCUACCUCUCAUCAUAAUGCCCGUAAACAUCAUAGAAAUGGCAUUAAAAAGCUUCCAAAUCAAAGAUAUAAAUCAUUGAAAGGAGUAAUUGUUAAUUCUAAUCAAAGUGCAAUUAAAGAUUCGCAAAAAAUAGAAGAUUUGCUAUUAAGAAUGAUCCUUCCAUCAAAAAGAAUAAGAGUCUUGAAGUCAGGUUAGCCAAAAGAAAAGGAAAUAAAAAUAUACAUUGA